AUGGCGAAGCCGUCAAACUCAGCUUUGCGCCGGCCGCCGCUAUUAAAACGUAGCACCACCAAACGGAGAGAGGCCGAGCGCCACUACGCGAUGAAGCCCUCGCAUUGCCUCUGCUUGCUUUUCUUGGUCUCCAUCCUCGUGGCCUCGUCGGCCGUCGUCACCGUGUCGCCUAACAAGGAGACGACAUGGGAGGAGGCCACCAGGAAGGCGGCGAGGGCACCGGCGGCGCAGCUGGCCGACGAGGCCUUCCUCGCCCGCCUCUGCGACCGCGAGCAGCAGCGCGGGCGGCCACCGGCACCGCGGAUCCUCCCAUGGUGCACGCCGCAGCUUCAUGCCAGCAGGCGCCAAGGCGCCCACCAGUUCCACCACCUACCGGUGCCGGCGCCCAGCCGCGACGGCGAGCAGAUAGACCCGCGCUACGGGGUGUCGAAGCGGCUCGUGCCGAGCGGGCCUAACAGGCUGCACAACUGAUGAUGGCACGACGACGACGUGCGGUGUCUCGGCCGGUCAGGUUUUCCUUGCUAGCUUUUCUUGUGUCAGUUCGUUCGAGUUGGAGCCUUGCUUGCUUGCUGCAGGGAUUCGCACGUAAGUGUGUGCGGGCAAGGCUUGGCGGUCGUGGAUGCAUCUUGCACGGAGUCACACGCCAUGUCCUGCUCCUGCAUUGUGCAUUGUCGUCUGGUUCGCUCAGAGAAUUGGAGAAGACAACAGCGAGAUGAGACGACAGAGAAUCAGAGACGCUUGGCAGGGGCUGACAGAGGAGGAGGAUGAAUCCAUUCAGGCAGAUUGCUUGCAUCUUCAUUAUUUGUAAUAGUAGAUGUCCCAUUCAGCCAUUCAGGCUUCUUUUGUUAGUGCAUUACAUGUACCUUCCACCAUAUUUCUAGUUUGAUUGGUUCUUCGUUGAAGCUUGCCUGAAAGGUUAGUUUUUAUCCUAAGGUCAGUUUUAACGAGGUUUCAUUAGAGUUUCUUAGACAUUAAAUAAGUUGAUGUGACAUA